AUGUGGUACGUCGUUGUAUUUACACAAGAGAAUACUGUAUCAGUUGUACCAGCCUCUUGGUAUGUAGAACUGAGUGGAGAAUGCUUUUGGCCCCCUUCAAAAAUAAAGAGGAAUACCCUCGAAAAGUUGAUCAAACGCAAAGAACUCCCAGAGAAUGACUGGAAGGCUUUUAAGGCAAAAAUUUUAACCAAAUGUAAGAUAAAACCUAUAAUUAUUGAUUACAAACAAGCUUUAUCUAAGGUCCAUAAGGCAUAUGAGAAGGCUAAAUUGUCAACAACCGAUGAAAAUGAAAAUGUUGGAAAGGGAAAGCGAAAAAGAAAACCACAUACCUACAGGAACUUUCAUUAUAGUUCGUCUGAAGCUGAUGAAAGCGGUUCUUCAGAUAAUUCUCUGUCAUUCCCAGAAUUUGGUGCUAGCACCCCAGGACCGAGUGGACUUUCUCAAGCACAAGAUGAUAACGAUACAAGUUACGAAGAAGACACUUCUCGAAAGCAGUUAAGCAUUGGCAGCAGGUCUUCACAACAAAACCGGUUGAAUGCAACUCCUAAUUUAAUUUUUAGAACCUCCCAGAUACAAAAUUGUUCAGAGCGAAGAACAGAUGAAGAAAGAAGUUCUUCUGGAUCACAACUGGAAAAUUUCCUGAAUCGGCCAACCAGAACCUCUGAACCUAAUGAUGUACUUCCUGAAAGAAAUUUGAAGUUUCAUCAAGAUAAUUUGUCCGUGCCAGAAACACAAAAACAUGGAGAAUCUGCUACAGUAGAUAAUUCUGCUGAUAAAAUUUUGAAAGUAUUAAAACAAAUGCACGCUAAUUCAUCAGAAUUCAGGGUGCAAGUUUUAAGGAAACUAAAAAUACUAAAUUUGAAGAUAAAUGAACUCGGAACAUCAAUUGAAAAAUUGGAAAGUGGUGAUAACAUCAACCAGUUAGAUCAAAAUUUGGAUAAUAAAUUUAUUGAUCUAUUUCCCUUGGACAUUGAAAAACUUAAUAGCCUUGAAAAUCGUUUGAAUAACGAAAUUGAAAUGAAGAAAAUGAUAAAGUAUUUAAGUCGAGUUGGAGGCAGUGAUGUACCUGAAAUUGUAAAACGAUUGAUGUAUAAAUUGUUAACAAAUGAAGUUGGAAAUUUAUUCAGUUGGGAUGGAGCCAAAGGAAAGAGAAAAUUCAAAUGUUUAAAGUUAGCCAAUGUCAUUUUAGGUAUGCCAAUGUGUAAGAAUAUAUGUAAUAUGUCUGAAGCCGAUAUUAUUGUCUACAUAAAAAAAUGGUUGGUGCGAUCAAAGGAUCGCAUGCAUCUGGAAGAUAAGCGAAGAAGACGGAAUGAAAAUCAGGAAGAAGAGGACGGAAAUGAUACUAUGUAA